GAAAAAUAGCGUAUUAUUUAAAAUUUGAUACACUACACCGGCGCCUAAUUUCUCUGCCCUUUGCUCCGAAACGUAGAAAACCCUAUCGAAAACCCUGAUUUUGCGAACGAGUUAUCACAAAAUUCAAACUUUUGAGCGAAAAAUGUACGGAUCGGAGGCAGGUACCGAAGAUGUUGAGCGAACAGCUUUCAGGAAAGCAGAGAAGAAGUACAAAUUGUACUACGAUAACGGUAGAAAGAAAAAACAGCCGAGGCCUGUGGAUUUAUCAGAAGUGCUGGACUUCAAGUCUAUUUCAGAGCGUUAUGCUCAGAGUGCUGAGCUUCCAGCAGGAAUUUCUAAGCUUCAAUGCGAUUUUGAUCGACCUGUGUUCUGCUUGGAAAGCCAUCCUGGGUUUUAUUUCAUUCCUGGUGCAUUAACCAUUGAGGAACAGUGUCAAUGGAUAAAGGAUAGUUUAACUAGCUUUCCUCAGCCUCCUAAUAGAACAAAUCACAACGUAAUUUAUGGACCUAUAAAAGACUUAUUUGUUUCUGCAAAACAAGGCAAGGUUUUAGUCGAAGAGGGGCCAUCACAUCAAAGAAAUGGUACUGAUUCUAAUAAUGAUCCGAGCACAGCAGCUGCUCCUUCUUGGAAAUUUUCUGAUGUACAGAGUUUCUCAUCGAGAGGAGAAGUAUGCAAAUCAGUGCCAGCCUCUGUUUUGCUUCGUAAAUUACGGUGGAGCACUCUAGGCUUGCAGUUUGACUGGUCCAAGAGGAGCUACAAUGUUUCUUUACCUCAUAACAAAAUACCGGAUGAUCUUUGUCAGCUUUCUACAAAAUUGGCAGCUCCUGCUAUGCCUUCCGGUGAAGACUUCCAGCCUGAAGCAGCAAUAGUCAAUUACUUUGGUCAAGGUGACAUGCUUGGUGGCCACCUUGAUGACAUGGAAAAGGAUUGGAGCAAACCUAUUGUGAGCAUGAGUUUGGGGUGCAAAGCUAUUUUCCUUAUAGGGGGUAAUUCUAGGGAACAUACACCCUUUGCAAUGUUCUUGCGCAGUGGUGAUGUUAUUCUUAUGGCAGGAGCUGCAAGGGAAUGCUUCCAUGGCGUUCCCAGGAUCUUCACUGAUAAGGAACAUGCUGAAAUAUCAGAACUCGAGUUACACUUUUCUGAUGAAGAUGACUCUUUCUUGGAAUAUGUGAGGGCUUCCAGAGUAAACAUCAAUAUCAGACAAGUAUUUUGAUGAUUUCAUAAUUUCUGGAUCACCAUAUUCUGAGGGACAAGCAGCAUAACCUUCAUCUCAAGAGCUAAGAAGCAGAGAGUUCUUAAGCCCUGGACAAGCUGCUGUGCAAAGAUUGUAUUUUUUAUUUUUCCCAAUCACCAGUAUGGCCAGUUUUGACUCACGAUUAUCAGAGAGGAUCUCACUGUGUUGCACUUGAUUUUAUAUAUUAUUAUA